AUGUCUCCCAAGAAGGUGGACUACUCCCUGUACCUCGUCACAGACUCCACCCCAGCAAUCCUCGGGGGCAAGGAUCUGGUAUCAGUAGUGAAAGCAGCCGUGGAAGGAGGCGUCACAGUAGUACAAUACCGCGACAAAACCUCCGACACCGCGGAACUGGUGCAAAUCGCCCAAGAGCUGCACAAAAUCACCAAACCCGCCGGCGUCCCGCUCCUCAUCAAUGACCGCGCAGACGUCGCGCUUGCAGCGGGCGUUGAGGGCGUGCACGUCGGACAGGAUGACUUGGACCUGAAGACCGCCCGGCGCUUGCUCGGCCCCGACGCAAUCAUAGGCGUGACGGCGAACAGCGAAGAAGAAGCGCUCGAAGCCUCGCGCGACGGCGCCGACUAUCUCGGUAUUGGCACCGUGUACGCCACGCCAACCAAAGAGAACACAAAGUCAAUCAUCGGGACGGCGGGCGUACAGCAGAUUCUAAGCGCGCUGGCGGCCGCGCGAUACGACGUCAGCACCGUGUGCAUAGGCGGCAUAAAUGCUUCCAAUGCCCAGCGAGUCCUCUACCAAUCUACCUCUCCGCAGAAGAAAUUAGACGGAGUCGCAGUCGUCAGUGCUAUUAUGGCAUCUUCUAACCCCAAGCAGGCGGCCGAGAAACUGGCAGAGCUCGUACAGACUCACCCGCCCUUCGCCACCUCCUUGUCCAAACCGGCACUCUUCCGCGACACCCUCAUCGCCAAAAUCCCGGAAGUGAUCAAACGCAUGGCUUCGAAAAAGCCGCUCUGCCACAAUAUGACCAAUCUCGUCGUGCAAAACUUCGCCGCCAACGUCGCCAUCGCCAUCGGCUCCUCACCCAUCAUGUCGAACAAUGGCCUAGAAGCCGCCGACCUCGCGGCGCUAGGCGGCAGCCUCGUGAUCAACAUGGGCACCACCACGCCCGAGAUCAAGUCAAACCACCUCAAAGCACUGGCAGCGUACAACGAAGUCGGCGGACCCACACUCUUCGAUCCCGUCGGCGCAGGCGCAACUGAGCAGCGGCGCCAGGGCGUGAAAGAUAUCAUGGCAGGCGGCUACUUCGACCUCAUCAAAGGCAACGAAGGCGAGAUCCGCACCGUGUCUGGCGCUUCGGGAGUGAAGCAACACGGCGUCGACAGCGGAGCAUCGCAGCUUUCCUUGCAGGACAAAAUCACGCUGGUGCGGGGGACGGCGGCGCGGGAACGCAAUGUCAUCCUCAUGACUGGACAGGUGGAUGUCAUUUCGGAUGGCGAGCGGACGUUCACUAUCCGCAAUGGCCAUGCGUAUCUCGGCGAGAUUACGGGGAGUGGAUGCGCGUUGGGGACGACGAUUGCUAGUGUCAUGGCGGUGGAAAGGGAGGAUAAAUUGCUCGCCGCCAUUGCUGGACUGCUCAUGUACGAAAUUGCUUCGGAGCGCGCUGCUGUUCGGGAGGAUGUCAAGGGGCCUGGGACAUUCAUCCCCGCCUUCAUCGACGAGCUGUAUCGCAUUCGGCAAGAAAGUUUGGAAGGCAACGGCGACUGGGCGAAGAACGUGCAGGUUGAUCUCGCAUGA